AAUGAGUGAUGUGUUUUUGUAAAUCUUGAUAUCAUAUCUUGAAAUCUGAAAUGAUUGAUCAUUAGAAUCCGACAAAAUUUGCUGAUUUUACGUCGACCUGAAAUUGUAAAAGUUUGACGGUUCGAAUGUGCAAAGAGCAUAACCGAGGCAUUGGAAAGACAACCGGUUAGUGUAACCAUCUCGAAUUUCUGCUCGACAAACGAACACCAUUUUUAUCGGAGUCUAUUGAUCAUGUUUUACUUGGGCGUGGAAUUCCGUGUUUUGCUCUCCCAGACUGUAUGUGGUGGACAAUAUCUAGUGACUGGACAACUAUUUUAAAGCAGCUGAGCAAACGAGUUUUGUUACAAAGUCCAUGUGGAAGAGACCCGGCGUAUCGUUGGGUACUUACACGUCAGUACAUAUUCGUCAGGUCAUUGUACACGGUUUCAUGAUCGAAAGAUAACAUUACAUUAGUUACUAGAAUCAUGGAGAUGAAUAAGGACCUGGUCAAGUCUUUUGCCUUUUAUGGCGCUCUCUUGGCGGGUAAGGUCCUCGUCAUGGCCUUUUUGACGGCAAGACAGAGAUUCGCAAAGAAGGCAUUUGCGAAUCCUGAAGACGCCAUUUCGACGAAGGGCAAGGUGACUCUCCAAGAUCCUGAUGUGGAACGUGUUCGUCGAGCUCACCAGAAUGAUUUGGAAAACAUCUUCCCAUUUUUCUUCUUGGGUCCUCUUUACUUGCUCACCAACCCGACAACCUACGCAGCCAUGAUGUGCUUCAGAGUAUUUACCGCUGCCAGGUUCAUUCAUACGUUUGUUUACAUUUUCCAGGUUCCCCAACCAUCCCGAGCUCUAGCCUUUUUCACCGGAAUGAUUGUUAACUUUUACAUGAUCUAUUAUAUUAUCACUGGAUUUUAAGAGAUACAGAAGGCUUGACAAUCUA